AUGGACACACAGGGCACUUUCGACUCGGAGACCACGAUAGGCCAGAACUCGACGAUUUUCGCGCUGUCCACGCUCAUCUCGUCCGUGCAGAUCUACAAUCUGUCCGGUAACAUUAAGGAAGAUGAUCUACAGCACUUGCAGCUGUUCACGGAGUACGGUCGACUCGCGUGCGACACUGAAUCCAAAGCGUUCCAAACUCUACUGUUCCUCGUCAGGGAUUGGCCACACGCUUUUGAACACCCUUAUGGAUUCUACGGCGGGUCUACAUUACUCAACAAAAGGCUACAGACAAACCCGAACCAAAAGCCAGAGUUACGGGAAGUCCGGGAACACAUAAGGUCAUGUUUCGAUAAGAUGAUUUGUUGCCUGAUGCCGCACCCGGGCCUUACCGUGAACAACCAAUUCUUCGCCGGUUGCCUGCGAGAACUGACACCAGACUUCCGAAGAACUCUCUUGGAGUUGGUUCCUUCCCUGUUUGAACCGACACAGCUCGUUCCUAAGCUGGUGACAGGCCAGCUCAUCCAAUGUCAAGAUUUACUUAACUACUUUAAAAAGUACUUAAAUAUCUUUAACAGCGGUGAGAUACCAGAAGCAGUUACCAUUUUAAAGGCGACGGCAGACGCGAGCCUGCUGGCGGCGACGCGGGAAGCGCGCGAUUUGUACACCAAGUACAUGCAAGAGCGCGUGCGCGACAGCUUCAGUGUCAGCAACGCAACACUCACUGAAUGGCACGAGGAAGCGCGGGACCAAGCCCUGAGACGCUUCACAGAAAAAAGGAAAUUGGCUGCUCAAGCCGACGUUAAUGCUCAUCUUGAAGCACUCAAAAUGGAAUUAGACGCUUGUCAGGCACAACACACUCGGGACAAUGAGUUUAAGGUUCAAGACACGAUGUCCCUCGCUAAGAUUGCCUACGAGGCGGCGGUGAGCCGCGUGUCUGCGGAGCACGCGCGGCUGUGCCUGCACCCGCAGGACCUGGAGGAGCUGCACGCAGAUGCUCUGCGACAGGCGCUCGAAAUCUUCGAUGCCUCCAGAGACGUGCCCCAAGGCGAAGAAGAUAUAAAAAAAACUAAUCUACUAAGAACUUUAGAACAGCUUCAUGAGAGUUUGUCGGUGGUCAGUAAUCGGAAUAACUUAAACGCCGUGUGGGAGGCUCGGGACACAUACGUGAGACGAAUGAAGAUGGACAUGGACCAGACAGGCGUCACCUCAGAGCGACUGUCCACGCAGCACGAAGACGCAGUGCAACUGGCUAAAACCGCGUUCUACAGUUUGAGGAGCCGCCCCACUGAGCAUGCAAAUGACGCAUUCAUUGCGCGUCUUCUACAAGAAAUUAACGACUGCUUUGGAGAUAUGGAAAAAGCGAAUAAUUACAGCAACAUGAUGGCGAUGCAGGCGGCUGAAAACGCGUACAAUAACUAUAUAACGCGGGCAUGGGGCCCGCAGACGUGCUGCUUCCACCCGCGAGCACUGGAGGACUUGCACAACGAAGCUGUGACUGAAGUGAUGGCUGACAUCCUCGCUAAACGACCGCAGCGCGAUACCACAGAAUUUAAGACCGCAGUAAACGAGGCAAGUACCCUCCUCCUUCAACAAUUGCUUACAAAAACAGAUUAUAUCCUUAUUUCGCUAAACGGAUGGAGCUAUAUAAUAAUAAUAUGUCGUGAACUGCAGACGGCCUAG